AUGAGAAUCCAGUUGAAGGGAGUGGGAAUUUAUUUGGCUUUUGCAGUCCUAGUUAUUGUUUCAACUGCAGAGAUGGAAAGACAGUGGGAAUCUCUUGAAAGCAGCAAAGACCAUGUGUGCAAUGGCACGAUCUCGGACUGCAUAGGCGAACAAGAGUUCUUGAUUGGGUUUGAAGUGAAGGGAAGAUCUCUAGCGCAGAAGCCUCAUAUUUCUUAUGGUGCUCUUCAGAAGCCUCCGGUUUGUAAUGCAAAAAUUUACGGCAGCUGCCUCACCCCAAAACCUGGAUACAAUCGGCCCUGCUCCUAUUACAAUCGAUGCAAGCGUGGCGCCCAAUGA